AUGGAUAACAAGUACCGCCUUCCCGACCCUGGUGUGGCCGAAGCCAGCGACCAUGCUUCCGAGUCCCCGGAAGCCCCGAAUAUCACGGCAGGAUCGCAGUAUUUGCAUCGCAAGCUGGGCGGGAAAGAAGUUCAGCUCUUCGCGGUCGGGGGAGCCAUUGGAACAUCGCUAUUUGUUCAGAUGGGUGCCAUGUUACCUAAGGCUGGCCCUGCAGGUCUCUUAAUCGGCUUUCUCGCGUACACGCCUAUCGUACUCGCUGUCAAUCAAUGCUUUGCGGAGAUGGUCUGCUACUUGCCUAUCCCCUCGCCGUUCAUCCGCCUCGCCGGUCACUGGGUGGAUGAUGCCCUAAGCUUUGCCAUGGGCUGGAAUUUCUUCUUCACCAUGGCAUUCGGAAUACCAUACGAGAUAGUCGCCAUCAACAUCCUCCUUACCUACUGGACCGAUCGUGUGCCUGUAGCUGCUGUGGUGGUGAUUAUGUUGGUGCUUUAUACACUGUUGAACAUAUUUACCGUUCGCUUCUUCGGAGUAUCUGAGUUCUAUCUGUCUUCCUUCAAGAUAUUCCUCAUGGUCGGACUUCUGCUGUAUACCUUCAUCACCAUGGUCGGAGGCAAUCCACGCCACGAUGUAUACGGCUUCCGAUACUGGCGAGACCCGGGGGCAUUUGUGUCCUACAUUGUAUCCGGUGGCGUUGGACGCUUCUGCGGCGUUCUAGCAUGCAUGAUACAAGGUUCUUUCACAAUGGUCGGCCCCGAAUACAUAUCCAUGGCAGCCGCAGAAGCAGCUCGACCACGACGAGUGAUGAAAAAGGCCUACGCGUCGUACCCAUGGCGACUGGUAACAUUCUUCAUCCUGGGUGCUCUAUCAAUGGGCAUACUCAUCCCCUACAAUGAUCCCACCCUUGCUGCCACCUUAGAAGGGACGAAACAAGGAAGUGGAACGGGAGCUGCCUCCCCCUACGUAAUCUCCAUGAACCACUUCAACAUCCGCGUCCUCCCAGACAUCGUCAACGCCCUAAUCAUGACCUCCGUCUUCUCCGCCGGCAACAACCUCGUAUUCUCUGCAGCCCGGACCCUCCACGGUAUGGCGCUCGAAGGCCGCGCCCCGACCCUCUUCGCGCGCUGCAACCGUAACGGCCUCCCCUACUACGCCGUCGCCGCAUCGCUAGCGUUCUGCCUCCUCGGCUUCCUCCAAGUAAGCAACAACUCCUCCACGGUGCUGAACUGGCUCGUGGGAAUAAUCGUCGCAUCAUACCUCCUCAACUACGUCGGCACGUGCAUCACAUACCUGCACUUCUAUGCUGCACUGCGCCGACAGGGUAUAUCCCGCGAUACACUUCCCUAUAAGGGCUAUCUGCAACCGUAUGCGGGCUGGUUUGCGCUAGUGGGGACGAUAGUCAUGACGCUGAUUAUUGGGUUCGAGAUAUUCAUCGAUGGGCAAUGGGAUGUGCAGACGUUCUUUUUGGAUUAUACCAUGGUUGGGUUUUUUGUGGUCGCAUAUGGCUUUUGGAAGGUGGUUAAGCGGACGAGGUAUGUGUGGCCGGGGACAGCGGAUUUGGGGCUUGGGGGCUUGAAGAAGGAGAUUGAUGAGUAUGAGGCUGGGUUGGUGGUUCCGGUGAGGAAGGGGGUGAGGGGAUUUUGGAAUGGUUUGUUUGAGUAG